AAUCGAAUAUUUCGUACCUGUCCCGUUCCCGCACUCUCCACUCUCUCCCUCUCUCUCUCUCUCUCUCUCAUCGUCUCCUCAAACCCUAACCCUCUCAAACCCUACUCUUUGAGAUCGCCUCGUCUCCGCGAGCUCCGACCAUGGCGGCGCUGAGCUGCUCCGCCGCGUUCGUCUCCGGGGACCCGGCCCCGUCGUCGCUCGCACGCCGCGCGCUCCUCUCCCGCGGUGCGGCGCCGCCGAGGACGGUGGCGCUGCGCGCGGCGGUGACUCCGAACGCCGCCGCAGCGCAGGAGGCGGCGGCGGAGGGGAAGCGGCGGCCGAGGGGGAUCACGAAGCCCCGGCCGAUCUCGCCCGAGCUCCAGGCGUUGCUGGGCGUGGAGGAGAUCCCGAGAACUCAGGCGCUCAAGCUGAUAUGGGCUUACAUCAAAGAGAACAAUCUCCAGGAUCCAGAAAACAGGAGGAUAAUAGUCUGUGAUGAGAAGUUGAAGAACAUAUUUGGAGGGAAAGAACGUGUUGGGUUUCUUGAAAUCUCAGGAUUGCUCAAUCCACAUUUCAGAAAAUGAUAAAUUUUGUACCAAGUGUAAACCAUGACUUCAAAGAAUGGCUUAGAUGUUGCCUUGUAUCUGCUACAGAAGCUAAGGUACUAAUGCAGAUGCUUUUUGAGCUGUUAGUUGUCUCCAAAUUUCACCUUCUUUUCUUUCACUUUCAUAUAUGCACUUCGGUGGAUAGAGUUUUUUUUUUAUCUUUCUUGGAUGUGUAUGCCUUAUUCUGUUUUGUAAUUCAAUGACUUCGACUUCUGUAAUGCAUUUCGGGGGAAAAUAUAUAAAAAAAGGUUUCUUCCUUUUUUAACA